GACGCCUCGCCGGCUGCCGCCGCCCCUCUCCGAAAGCUUGCGGACGGAUCAGCGGCGUUGUCCCGCCUCGGGAAUCCCGGGUCUGGCCGGAAGCCCGGCAGCGGAGCGGCUUGAGUGAUAGCGCCACCCCGGCCGCGCAACCCGAGAACGGCUGUGAAAGGAACCUCGGCUGCGAAAGGGGACAGCGGAACUCGCGGAGAGGCGAGAGGAGGAGAAGGAGGUGGUGGCGGCGCCGCCGCCGCCUGCCCGCCGAGGGGCCCGCCGCUUUACUCAAGGGGAGGAAGAGGAGGAGCCCGGCCGCCGCCCCCCUUCCCUUUUUGCCUCGUCUCCAACCCCAGGCCUGGUGACCGCCUGCUGAGCCCGGACUGCGUCGGGAGGCCGGAGGAAUGUGCGAGACGGCCAGCGACUGCGCCGUAGAGAGAACGUGAUCCUCCUCCUCGUUACGCCCGGCCAGGCUUGUGUGUGGUGGCCAGCUCGGACCCCUUUCAAGGUCCUCACCUAGUUUUUCGUCGACUCCGGCGAGGGCAGGUGGGCGGAACCCCCUGACUUCUCAGCCGCGUUUUUCUCGGAAGGAGCCAUGUCCAAGAUGCCGGCCAAGAAAAAGAGCUGUUUUCAGAUCACAAGUGUGACGACGGCCCAGGUGGCCAGCAGCAUCACGGAGGAUACCGAGAGCUUGGACGACCCGGAUGAAUCCCGCACAGAGGAUGUUUCAUCGGAGAUUUUCGAUGUGUCCCGUGCCACCGACUAUGGACCUGAAGAUGUCUGUGAGCGCAGUUCCUCCGAGGAAACUCUCAACAAUGUGGGUGAUGCUGAGACUCCAGGGACAGUCUCUCCCAAUUUGCUUCUGGAUGGCCAAGUAGCUGCUGCUGCUGUUGCUGCAGCUUCUGGAGGGAUCCAGCCGCCGCCUUCUGCUGUGCCUGUUGCCAAUGGAGGAGCGGUUCCCAGGAGCACUGUGAUGCCUUCAGCGACUGCCAGCCAAGCCUGCUCAAUAGCGACAGGAGGCAGCAGUGUGCAACCAGCUGCUGGUCCGCCAGCCAUGCCUCUAACGGCUGCUGCUGCAUGCAGUUCUCGCUUCAGAGUGAUCAAGCUAGACCAUGGUACUGGAGAGCCGUUUAGACGGGGACGAUGGACGUGUAUGGAAUACUAUGAUCGGGACUCGGAUGGUGGGGCUGUGUUAGCCAGGACUGGUGAUUGCAUUAGACACAACAGUACUUUUGAACAAGCUGUUCAAGAUAGGGACAGUGGCUUAGGUGCUACUGGUAGUUCAUUGAUUGUCUCAGGUGUGGCAACUUCUGCGCAUGGCCCUGACUCCUUAGCUGACAGUUCUGUUACUGCUGUUUCACAGCUACUCCAGCCAGAGAAAAUAAACCAGCCCUCUCCACAGCAGCCUAAUUUUAUUAUUGGUCAGCAGCCUCAUAGUAGUGCUCAGCCAAUCUAUUCGGGAGCCACAGUAGCAGGCCAGCAGGUGAUGGGACCUCUGUUGCAGACACAGGUAAAUGCACAGAGCAUGGGGCAAGCUGGGCCUAAUGGGAAAGGCUUACCAACUACAAAUGUAGCAAUAGCUCAGCCAGGUUUGCCUAUGCCACAACAGCAAGUACAGCAAGCAAAUGUACCAGUGGCACAGUCUCAGCAGUUUGCUUACUCUCAGUCGCAAAUGACACCAGUACACAUGGUGUCAGCCCAGACUCCUGGUCAGCCAGAGUACAUUCAGCAUAUGACAGUAAUGCAGUCUCAAGGAGCUACACAACAGGCUGCUUCUGGCUCGGUCACAGGCACUGGAGCUUCCAGUCUUCCAGCAGCACAGGUAGUUGGUCAGAAUCCUUCACCUCUAGUACCAGUGAUGGGAGUUGCUUCACCAGCAGGCGAAACAAUAGGACAGGGAUCUGGGCUAAUGCAGGGUGGACUGACAACUCCACUUCAGACUGUCAUUUCUCAACCAGGAGGUGUGGUACAAGGCCUUGGACAUGCAGGGGCUGUUCAACAGAAAUCCAUGACUCAGCAGCAAAUGGGUGGCAGCAGUCAAGUGGCUGGUACUCCACACAAUAUAGUCUCCGGAGUUCAGAAUGUGCCUGUAGCUGUACCUGGUACUACUGUGCCUAAUGUGUCUACAACUUCUGUUACUAUGCCAAAUGCCUCUGUUACUUUAGUCCAAUCUCAGCUGACCAGCCAUACAACUGUCAGUAGAAGUUCCAGUGUUGUCCAGCAACAUAUUGGCCUUCCAUUAAUGCAAGGCACAAGCGGUGUACCUACAAAUCUACCACAAUCUAACAUUGGACAAUUUCAGACACAGCCUUUAGGCCAGAUUGAUGAUAGUAGAAGAAAAUCUGAACCCCUACCUCAACCACCACUUUCUCUUGUUGCUGAAAACAAACUUCAUGUGAAGCCACCUAUUCCGGACAGUUUAACAAACCCUCUUAAUUUACCUGCAACUACUCCUAUGAACAGUCUUGCCAGCACUGUCUUUGGCAUAGCUAUUCCUGUUGAUGGUGAUGAAGACAG